AGAGAGAGAGAGAGAGAGAGAGAGAGAGAAGACCGAAGGCCGAGGCUGAUCGCCUGUAACUGGCAGCAUGCGGAGGUGAAAACGGAUCUCUCAUCACCGAUCGAGGUUUACACCCUUGACGGUAUUUAUUGAAACCCAGGGAUCAGUGAUUGAUAUAAUUAAUUAAAUACAGCAAUUAGUGAUUUAUUCCGAAGGAGCCAUGCAUCCGAGCAGAGGAUUAUUACGGAGGAAUUGCCCCGAAUCCGUGAGCUGCAGCUGGGGCACCGAGCUCUGGGAUCAGUUUGAUAACUUGGAGAAGCACACACAGUGGGGCAUCGAGUUUGUGGAGCGCUACACCAAGUUUGUCAAGGAGAGAUCCGAAAUCGAGUUGAGCUACGCCAAGCAGAUAAGAAAUCUCUCAAAGAAAUAUCAGCCCAAGAAGAACUCGAGAGAAGAGGACGAGUACAAGUACACCUCCUGCAGAGCAUUUCUGAUGACGCUGAAUGAGCUGAACGACUAUGCUGGGCAGCAUGAGGUCAUCGCCGAAAACCUUUCAACACAGAUCAUCUCAGAGCUGGUGCGAUACAUCCAGGAGCUUAAAGCUGAACGGAAAGCGCAUUUUCAUGAUGGCCGCAGAGCACAGCAGCAUAUCGAGAACUCUUGGAAACAGCUGGAGUCGAGCAAACGUCGGUUUGAGAGAGACUGCAAGGAAGCCGACCGUGCCCAGCAUUACUUUGACAAGAUGGACGCUGACAUUAAUGUGACCAAGGCUGAUGUAGAGAAGCGGUGUUCACUCAAGGCUAAACAGCAGGCUCAAAUGAGACAUCACAUAGCUGAUGAAAGUAAGAACGAUUAUUUGUCCUACCUGCAAAAGUUUAAUAAAGACCAACACGAGCACUACUACACCCUCAUCCCACACAUCUUUCAGAGAAUCCAGGAGAUGGAGGAGAGACGGAUUGAGAGAAUAGGGGAGAGUAUGAGGUGCUACGCCGAGGUGGAACGCAAGGUGCUGCCCAUCGUUAAUAAGUGUCUGGAUUGCAUGACCAAGGCAGCUGAAUCCAUCGAACCCAAAAUGGACACCAAGCAGGUUGUUGAGACGUUUAAGUCAGGCUUUGAACCACCAGGCAAUGUAGACUUUGAGGAUUACAGUGUAUCUAUGAAGAGAGCUGUGUCUGAGUCCAGCUUCCUGAACGCACGUGGAGAGAGUCGGCGCAGGAGCCGAAGCAAGCUGUGGCCUUUAAUUAAGAGGAAUAAGCUUAUGUCGUUGUUAGCGUCACCUCGUCAGCCCCCUCCUCCUCCCCCCACGUCACCCUCUCCAGAAGGCCUGGCCAACGGGCCGCACUCGCCUCCUCACAGCAAGGAACCUCUCGGACAGCGCCUCAAUGACUUCAUGAGCUCGAAACACAAGAUGCAGUGCCUGAGAAGCCUCAAGCGUGGGCUCUCCCUGAAGUUGGUAAGUGGAACCAUCCAGGAGGACUACAGUCAUUUACCCCCUGAACAAAGGCGAAAAAAACUACAGGCCAAGCUUAAUGACAUCAGCAAAGACAUCCAGAAAGAAAUGGAUCAGAGGGAUGCACUAAAUAAAAUGAAGGAAGUGUACAUCAAGAACCCUCACAUGGGCGACCCCAACAGCGUGGACCCGCGAUUAGAAGAGGUGCGGCAGAGCAUUGAGAAACUCCAGCUCGAGGCUCACAAAUAUGAGACCUGGCUAACAGACGUGGAGAGGAAGCUGCUGGAGAAAGACAGCACUCUGCGGAGACAAAGUGCCCUUUAUGAUCCACAGAGCAACACGGGAAACGUAGCUAACAGCUGUGCCCAGAACAGAGAGAGUAUGUAUUACAUGUCUUCUGUGCACAGUCCGGACGGCAGCUAUACGGAAGACCCCAGCACGGAGACGGUGCAGUUCAAAUCGCGCAGUACAGAGUUUGAUGACGAGUUUGACGACGAAGAACCUUUACCCACCAUAGGAACGUGCAAGGCUCUCUACCCUUUCGAAGGUAGUCAGAACGAGGGUACGAUCCCAAUGGCUGAAGGCGAGAUGCUGUACGUGAUCGAAGAGGACAAAGGUGAUGGCUGGACUCGCGUGCGCAGGAACGAGGACGAGGAAGGAUACGUGCCCACGUCCUACAUCAAGCUCUGCUUCGAUGCCAACUCCAAAGGUGCCAUGACCUACAUUUAACCCUCAGAGAUAAAACAACAUGCGUAGACAUCAGCGCCUUCCUCUGACUAUCCCUGUCCUCGGGCUUUUUUUAUAGGCCAGGAGGGCGGUGUGUAAUAAUGUUCACUUUAGACCAUUUCUGCUUUCUAUUAAAUUUUUUUUCCUUGCAUAUGAGUAUGUGAGAGAGAGAGCCGGACGGACUACGUGCUAUGCGAUAAACCACAUCCUUCCUAUAGGACUGGACGUGGAUCGAACUCUGAAAUGUGCAACAUAUCAUAUGAGACUAUUUAUGCCGGUAUUUCUAGGCGUCUUUAUUUUGCGUCUCUCUCUCUCUCUCUCUCUCUCUCUCUCUCUCUCUCUCUCUCUCUCUCUCUCUCUCUCUCACUAUUUUUCUGUCCUUCAGUGUGAAUGGGAGAAAGAAAAAAGACUUUUGUGCCCAUAAGGAUGAGAAGGCAAUAGAGCCGCCUUUGAGGUGCGCUAGUAGAAAACGCUGCUUAAUCUACAUUUCAUAUCAUAACUUUGGGUAUCGUGGUUGUUUUUUGUAUUUAAAAAGAAAUCCAUGUGGUUUUUUUAUGUCUAUGGCUGAGCCACAGGUAAAAAAAAAAGUUUUUUGAGCUUAAUGUGAAUUCUUUCAAUUUGGUAAAGAGAUUGACUGUCAGCAAUAAAGGUGUUGUGAGGCUUCAGUCAAAUCAGAUUGUAUUUAAAAAAGAAUCGAUUUUUAUGACAGUUUCUGUACUUUACUGUUAAAUUCCUAAAUUAUAUAUCACUGUCAAUUCUCUAUGAGCGAGCAUGAAAGAACAAAAUGUCUAGUCUAAUGUUUACUCAGGUACUUAUUUCUUUGUAUUUGUUUAACUAAUACAUUUUUCGCCAAGCAUACGGAUUUAACUAAAUGUGUAUAAUCCAAAAAAAACAAAAAAAUGAUGCUACAUUAACCUUAUCCUGCAUGCUCAUAACAAAUUUCGCUCAAAAUAGCUUUACAUUUUCCAUUAUCUCUGUUUCGAGACAGCAGCUAACCUGAGCUAGUGUAGUUAAAGAGCUUUAAGAAAAAAAUAUGCCGUUUUAUGAUGUGCUGAGAGAAUCAAAGGGUCAUUUUCUUGACAUUUUGCAUGCGGUACCUCUCACUGGUAGAGCAGGCCAGUCGAAGACGUUUCCAUGAAGAUUUAAAUGAGGCAAAGACAAAAAAAAGCACAUUUUGUAAUUUAUGAUGAUCAUAUCGAUGUGACUGCAGCUGCUUCUGCAUGGUUUUGAACACAUACAGGCUUUCUGUCGCUGUAAUAUUGAAGCUUGUUAAUGUUUUUUUUCUUUGAAGCAAUAUUAGCUGUAAAUUCUGCCUCACAGCUUUAUAGACUGAUACAGCAGGAAAUAUUAACAUACUUUUAUUUUGAUUGACAUGCGCGCGAGAAUGAAUGUAGGAAAACGGUAACGGCGUAUCGUCAUGGGUUAGUCUUGUAUUUUUGGAUUCAGAGUAUUCGCAACCAGGUAUCAUGCGUAUUGUCCAGAUAUCUUCACGCAGACUGAGACCUUCCAACAAAGUCGCAUAGUGAAACAAUGGUUGUAUUAGCAAUAAAUUGCGCCGUCAUAGAAGCUGGCUUUUUCCUCAAUGGGUUCUCCUGGGGUCAGCAUGGAACCCGGGAAGUUUUACAGAACCACACAAGAUUACUCACAAGUCAGUAUUACCUACUGUAGAAUCCUAUGAAAUAGAAGCAGGAUGGAAUAAAAACGUUUCGACUCAUGUUAUUAUCAAAUAAGCUGUAAAAGUCACAUCGCCUGCUUGUGGCCAAAACAGAAAAAUCAAGUCAAAAGAAAUGACGGUAUUCUUAUGCCACAUAUCUAACAUCUUGUGUGGUUUUGUUUGUUUGUUUGUUUUUCUUUGCUUUUUUCUUUAUUUUUGUUCUUUUCUUUGCAGAUCCCUAAAAGCGUUUGGCUGGCACAGGAGUGGCAGGGCAAGUGUCCGUGCGUGAAACAUCGUCCUCUUUAAUGCGUAGUCAGAGAGAUGCUGUGUGGUGUGAGGUCGUCUGACAGGCCGAUCCAAUCUUAACACAAACUCUGAAGCUCCUCGUCUUCGGGCCAGAGGCAAAAAAGAAAAAAAAACUGCUCGGAAUAGUGUCUGAGAUCUUUUGGUUUCUUUGUUUUUUAAAUAUUUUUAAAAUUUCCUUUUUUUAAAUAAAUCGUGUGCUAAUGAUUUGCAGAGCUUGCUUCUCGUGUGAGCCUGGACCUCUCAGCCUUGUGUAGUAGCUGCUUGCUGAAUGAGAGUCAAUAGGUCUAAAGUCUGGUACUCAGAAUCAAAGACAGGACAGUGACGUGCUCCUGGUCAAGCCGGUCAGCAUUGUCAUGAUCCAUUAGCUGCUGUCUUCCUCUGGCCUACAGAAGGUUCUUGAGGAUAUAAAUAAAAUAAAAUGAAAAUUGAAAGGUAUUAAACAUGUUAGGGUGGGGUUGGGGGGUGGGGGCUGUUAUUUUUUAAAAGGUGUAUCAUGGUGUGUGUUUUUUUUUUUUAUUAAAACUCGUGAGUGAAGUGGUUGAAGACCUUUAGAGUUGCAGACCUUCAGUCGGUCACUCUUUCCUCACAGCGAUGAAAGCAGUGCCACCUCACUCAUUCACUCAUUCACUCACGUUCUCCCAUUUGUUCUCACUCACUCACUCAUGCUCACUUUCUUCCCUGUAAUGUGUCUAUACCCCAUAUCUUUCUUUCACUUUUUUUCUUUCACACUCUUUCUUCCCCCCCCCCCUUUCUCUCUCAUACUAAUAGCACUUUCACACCAGACACUGUGGCACAGUAUCCUACGGUUGCCAGUCCAAAUCCUUUUCUACAGGUUGAGUCUAUUUUGUGGAGUUUUUUGAAGGUUGUGUGUUUAAAAAGGAGAGCACUUUGUUAAUACUGGUCCGUAGCAAUGGCUGUGAGGGACGGCUGCCAGUAGUCCCUCACAGCAAGUCGAGGGUGCCAGUAUUUAUUUUCCUUUAAAAAAAAGUGUGCCAAAUUUUUUUUUUUACAUUAAAAUGCAACAACAACAAAAAAAGCAAAAAGGAAUAAUCAAAUCAUAAUAAUCUCUUAUGAAUUGAGUCAGACACACUGCACACAUUCAGUAGCGAGUGAAUAAUCCAACGCUUGUUCUUAUAGGAAGAUAUUUAAAAGCCUCAAAUGUGAUUGUUUCCCUUUAUAGUAAUCACAAACUAUAGUCAGGUUUUAUUUCUCUCUCUCCUUCACAAUUUUCUCCAUUUUUAUAUAAUGUAUAUAAUAAUAAAAAAGAUCUGGUGAACCCAGAAAACCCAAACACUGCUAAAUGCAAAGACUUCUUACUGUUACACUUUACAGACUACUCUGACUGUUACAAAGCACUGAAGACUCCAUUAAUUCCAUUCCAUAUAUGUCUCCUUGCAGGACGCUUCACCAUCGCAGUUACACAUAUAAAGCUGUUCAUAAUUAGAUUUUUCUAGAAAGUCCACCCCAUGUAAUUGAGUUAUUUACUAUAGACACAACAAACGAAUAUAAUAUAAAUAUUAUAUUCUAGAAUAUAUUCUAUUCUAGAAAAUAGCAACUCCACACCUUGUGGCCAAUCAGAACCGAGAAUUCACUUGACAAAAUUUGGAAUCAGUAAUCUGUUAUCGGACCCCACUGUCUGGUGAAAAAGUGCUAAUAUUCUUUGUAGUUUCCUGUCUCUUUCUUCUUGUCUUCCUCUUCCUGUCUCUUAGUUUUCCUCAGGUUUGCAUCUCUCUUUUUUUUUCUCCAUUCAUCUCUCUCAUUGUUGUGUUUUUUUCUAUCUUUCCUUCCUUCCUUUCUCUCCCCCCCCUUUCUCUUUCUCUCUGUGGGCUCAGUGGCCUUGGCCAUAGCUGUGUGUCGUGUAGCUGUAGUGGUGUGUUCACUCGAUGUUGAUGAUAUUCUCCAGCUGGUGCUGUGUUUCUGCGCAUGCAUGCUUGCCCCGUCUCUUUGUCUGUGCCAGUGUUAGGGGUCCAGCAAGUUUUUGCCUUCACUUCCUGAUGGGUGAACUUGCUUCUUCAGUUGUGUUCGUGCCUGUGGUUUUACUUUCUUUCUUUCAAAAAACAAAGGUUUUCAUUCUUUCGCAACUCGUGCAUGGCCACUUGCUUCAUGCUCCCUAAGUUAUUUUAUGUAUUUAUUUGUUUAGAUUUUUUUUAAAUGAAAAUCAAGAUGCUUCUUUCUGAUCAAACGUUCAUUUUCAGUAAUUUGAGUUGAUGUUCAAAACAAACAGUUACCUCAUUUUGGAUGGAUUUUGGGCUGCAGUUCGAAUCAGCUCUGAAUGACUAACAUUGUGGUUUAUCUUUGUUUAUAUAGAAAGAGUAUCGCAAUGCUGAGCUGCUUGCGUGUGUGCGUGGGUGUGUGUGUGUGUGUGUGUGUGUGUGUGUGUGUGUGUGUGUGAGUGCGCUCAUACCGUGAGCACGUGUGUGUGCGUGCGCAUUAUCUGUAUUGUGCUUUGGAUUUCUCUGACUCUUCCCUCCACCUCAAGACUUUCUCAUAAACACCAAACUGCCAAGAUAUCACCGGCUUGUAACGUCAGUGUUGAUCUCAGCUGCUCCCUGUUUAUUAGUAAUAAUAGAGCUUAAUUCUACUCCAGUUUUCAGAACAGAACCAUUGUAAAAUGCAUCACCUUUUUAUGUGCAAAUUAAUCGAAUUAAAGGCCAUUGUGAAAUACG